AGAUAGUCGAGCAUGAAGACAGUGUGAUUGUUGUGAUUGAAGUAGUUGUUCUGCCACACACAAUGUAUGUGGUUUUUAAUUCUGGCAACCAGUAGGAGGAAUGACAACCGGUGACAAUCUCUGUAUGUGUGGGUGUGGCUUUAGUCUGACCAGGAAUUAGCUGCUAUAACACGGGCUGAGCUUCUGAAACUGAUUGACCAUGUAGGUGCCAGAAAAAGGAAAUUUCAGUUUCAGAAUGAUUGGCUCUAACUUUAAAAAUGUAUUGAGCGUUUUACUCAAGUAAUUAAAAAGCUGGGAAAUCGCUUUCUACCUGAAAGCCAACCAGAAAGGCAAACCAGUUUGACUUGCUCAGCCUGUUUUUUAUUCUUUUUUAUUUUUUUACUCACACACACAGAUGCGGUGAGUACUGAAGAAGAUUUUCCUUAAGGCAGUUAAUUGAAGAAGAAUUUCUUAUAGUUACCCAUGAUGCAGAAGUCACCUGGGCGUGACAAUGUAUUUAAAAAGGCGCAGACGUUUCUUUUUUUUCCACAUUGUUGCACAUGGGUGCUGGGGAUGUAAAACCAUCAUUAGCUGAGUCGAAAGAAACGACUUUCAAUGGCAUUAAGAAAGUUCAUGGAGUGUAAGAAGGUCCUAAGGCUGGUGGUGGCCUGCCUGGCUGUACUUGCUGCAGCAAAGCUAUAUUUCAGCCAAGGAACAGAAAUUGGAGACUUCACAAGCAAUAUUAUUUCACAAGCGCGUGUCCAUGUCCCAGGUCGAUUCUGGAGUACAGAUAAAGGUGGACCCACAAAGUUACAUGUGAAACCAAGCCUACAAACAGAUACGAAGAAGCCAAAUAACCAGACAAAUAUCAUUCAAACAAAGCCAAAAGUAAUCAGCACAGUAAAAGUCCCAGUGAGUUCGCGCAAAGGCCCUCUCCGUGUAGUGCACUUAGAUCUUAAAGGUGCUGCACCCAAAGUCAGUUAUUUUCAGGAGCUGUUUCCACUAAUCUCCAGUCUUGGUGCUAAUGGGAUCUUGGUGGAGUAUGAGGAUAUGUUUCCUUAUGAAGGGGAGCUUGAAGUACUCAGGUCACCUUAUUCGUACAGUGCGGAUGACAUAGAAGAAUUUAAGAGACUGGCCAGCCUCUACAAUCUUGAGAUUAUACCACUGGUGCAGGUAUUCGGACAUCUAGAGUUUGUGCUGAAACAUGGACAAUUUUUUGACUUGAGAGAAGAGCCCGACUUUCCAAACAGCCUGAACCCUCUGCAUCCUGGUAGCUUAAACCUGGUUGAAGAAAUGCUAACUCAGGUCCUGAAGAAGCACCCCAAAACACGUUGGUUUCAUAUUGGAGCGGAUGAGGUUUACGGCCUUGGCGAGAGUGAGGACUCAAAAAACUGGAUGAAGCAAAACCAAAAGAGUGUAGGAGAACUCUUCCUUAGCCACGUGAUGAAGGUUUGCCAGUUCUUGACCGAACUGAGUCCUGGAAUCAAACCUAUAUUUUGGGAAGAUAUGCUCAGGAAGAUCAAUGACACCUUAGUCAAAGAAUCUGGUUUGCCGAAUCUUGCAACCCCUGUGAUGUGGAAUUAUAAUGCAAAAAUGAAUUUGACUCAGAUAGGACAACUACUAUCUAACUACCAAACGGCUGGAUUCCAUAAUGUCUGGUUUGCAAGUGCAUUUAAAGGAGCUUCAGGCAAUGACCAGAGAUGGACACCGAUUCAUCAACACUUAGAGAAUCACCUAGCCUGGCUUAAAGUCAUGGCCAUCAUGCAUAAAUACCCCUCUAUAAAAUUAGAUGGCAUUGCUUUAACAGGCUGGCAAAGAUACGAGCAUCACACAGUGCUAUGUGAACUGCUUCCUGUGGCUAUCCCCUCUCUGGCCACCUGUCUAGAGACUCUAAAAUAUGGUCAAUUUAAUCAAGCAGCUGAAAAUGAAGUAGAAAAACUUUUGGGCUGCAAAAUUGACCUCAAUGCUAAUAGCUGUAAAGGUAAUGCAGCAUUUCCAGGUGCUAACAUUUAUAACAUGGUUGAAAAAAUCCACAAUGAACUUCAGAAAUCUGUUCAACAAAUAUCUCAAAACUAUUAUGUGAGAGGAUCAUUCGGGUCUUACCAGAGAAAAUACAACUUUGCCAAUCCCCGGAAUAUUGGAUAUUUUAAGGGUGCACUGACCAAAGUGCUGCAAGAGUGGGAUCCCUUUAUGGAGAAAUUUAGGAGAGAGAUGAUGACUAUUUACUACGCAGACACUGUGGAUGAGUGGAUGGAGGAGAACGUUAAUGAACACAUGAAUAAGCUCCAUAGUUUGGAGGAAGAUGUACGGCGCAUUGUUCAAUUCAAAGGACAAGAAAAGAGCCUUAAUCAAAUAAAAUUUGAUAUUAAAUAGAUGUUCAACAUAUCUGACUUCCUUAGGAGGCUGAAAAAAAUAAGGGUAUUUUCUCUUUCCCUAAAACUCCACAUUGAGUUGCUGUUACCAGGAGUAUGAUUUGGGAUUUAUAUUGAUAUAUGAGCCUUGUCUAUAAUUACUCUUUAUUGUUUUUUGGAUAGAAAUGUAAAAUACUUUAUAUAACUUUAACAUUUUAUAGUGCCAAAAGGGUCUUACAAAUAUAAUGGGGUUUCUAUGUUUUCUAAAGUUGCUGCUGUAAAUAAUAUAUAUAUGUUUUUAAUAUAA